UGUCUUUGAUAAAACAUAUCUCAAAGAUAAAAAUUACUUGUGAUCAGGAAAUUGAGUCUACUAGCAAGGAACAAAAGAAAGACACGAAGGACAAAAAAUGCCGAACUUUCAAGUGAAUAUGAGCUUUGAAGCUAUAGGACCGAAAGAAAGUAGAAAUUUGCCAGGAAUAAUAUUUUUACACGAGAUAGCAUUCUGUAAAGAAACAUGGAAAUUAUGCUUAAAGCCGAUAGCUGAUGCAACAGGACGUAUGGUGGUAGCGUAUGACACUCGUAACCAUGGAGACAGUGGAUGGAUUACUAAUCUUAGUUAUGAAUCCAUGAUGGAAGACUUGAAAAAUAUAAUGGAACAUCUACACAUGCCUAAAGCUGUUCUUGUGGGUCACGGAAUGGGUGGUAAAACGGCAAUGGAAUUUGCUUUGAAAUUUCCUGAUUUAGUAGAGAAAAUUGUUGUUGAAGAUAUGUCUCUGAAAUAUCAAAACGGAGGUGAGAACGACUUCUGCAUGAAAUAUUUUGAGUUGCUUACGGAAUCUCUUAAUCACAUUCCACCUCAUAUCAAAGAUCUCGAGAACGCCAAAGAAUUUUUGGCCUCAUACAUUCAACAAAGAAUACCAGAGGAAUAUAGAGGUGAUAAGAAAGGAGAAAUAACGAAAGCCAUGAUGCCUCUUGAAAUCGAUUCAUUGAGUGGAAAGUUUGAGUGGAAACUUCAUCUGAAACUUUUUGAGUAUUCUGUUAAGAAUGCAUUUGAAGCUGGACCAGAAUUAGGUGGUUUCAGAGUUUUUAAAUAUGAAGGAGAAUAUCAAGGCCCAGCUCUUUUCCUAUGUGGUUCUAGAUCUCCUUAUAAAGUGUUAAAGGAUAAGGAUUUUAUUGUGUCAUACUUAAAAAAUGCCACAUUCAAAGAAAUCGAAGGUGGAGGACAUUUGUUGCACAUUGAUUUUCCCGAAAAGUUUUGUGAAGAAGUCGCCCAGUUCAUAAAUACAUGAAUUCACUACUCUGUCUGAUGUCUCUUAUUGUUUA